UGAAGCGGAGACUAACGGUUUUAGAUUGGGUAUUGAUACCAGUAAUAGUUUUUCCUUUGACCAGGUAAACUUGUGGUAUCUGUUUACACGGUAAUUUUAUACAGGUGUAAUACAGUCUCUAUGUACAUAAUUAUGAUAGGAUAGCACAGAGCAAACAGUCACUAGGAACAGAAGGGAAAGGAAGAUAAAAGGCAAGCAUGGGACUGCUUAAAAAGCUUUUUGAAGAACUUCCAGAUGACGUCAUCUGUACUCUCUGUAACGAAGUUUUCCUCGACCCAAGGGUUUUGCAAUGCAACCACAUGUUUUGCAGCGCCUGCUUAGUACGCAGAGCUACACGAUUAAAGGCUGAUAUAUGUUCAACAUGCGAGACACCUUAUCAUGGGCCUUCUUGUAAACAAGCUGACGAGGCUUUCAAGCGAAAACUACUGAACCUUAAUGCUAUAUGUAACUACAAAUGUGGCAUGAAAAUUAAAAUGGCGCAGCUACCAGAACAUCUUAAAGACGAGUGUCAACAAGCACCAGUGCCGUGUCCUAAUGCGAUCAAAGGGUGUAAGAAAAAGGUGAAGCGGUGUGAUUUGAAUAAGCACAUUGACGAAUGCAAUUUUCGAGUAGUAACUUGUGAAGCAUGUGGACAUGUAACUAUUUUCCAAGACCUUUUCACUCACCAAAGUAGAAAAAAAUGUCUAGAGCGAAAGCUAAAACAACAAGUUAUAAGGGAGUUAAGACAUGCUCAUCAGGAAGUAAUAAACCACAGGUCAAAUGUCAAGAGAGAUCAUAUACGCCUAGACAUAGAACAAACCAAGAAAGUAAUUCAACAUGCCCGUUAUCUGCAAGAACGAAAACAAAAACUCCAUCAGUUACUGCUUUCACAAAACAAUAAUGAUGCCAUAAACAGUGAAUCUGGAGACAGUUUUUUCUUAACCGAUUUAGAAGAAUUGAAAAACAAAGACACUUCAUUAACAUCAACUCCUGUUCACUCUAGAUCUACAGUUGGAUCCCAGCAGUGUGAUAGAUGCCUUAAGCAUUUCUUCCCUGGAAAGAACCAUGGAAAAUCUUGCCGUUGGCAUGAAGGGCCUGUAAGUAUAUGUUUAUCUUAUUCAAAAUAAGUAAUUAUGAGCAUCUUUAUUUAGUUAUGAGGUUAAUUAUCUUAUCAUUUUCAAAUUAUAAUCCUGGUACCUUUGAUGAACAAUUUCAUUUGUUUUAUUGGUUUCUUUAAGUAUGUUUAAACUGAUUUCCUGCCAUUAUCAAACUUAUUUCAAACAGAUACUAGUAUGCUUUGUCUGAAGUCUCAUAUAAUGAUUCAAGUAACCCAUAUACAUUUAGAAAACAGAAGUGUAUCUAUAAUUUUACCAAACACAGAUUUAUAUAUUUUACUAGAAAAUUAAGCGUCUGUAAUGAGAAUGUGUAUGAAUAAUACAAGUCUUGGUAAAUCAUUACAUAUGGUCUGACACCACAGUUCUUUCGUAGUGCAUUUCUUUUAGACAAUAAAUGGAAUUAAAAAAAAAAGCAUCUGCGCUUUUUCAGUGGUAUUUUUACAGUGUGUGGUACUACUUUUGGAACAAAUCAUAUUAAAUUUAUAGAAAACUUCAUCCGCUCUAACUCAAAAUAUGGACAAUUUUAUGUAACGGGGAUCUUGAAUUUUUUUGACAGGUUCCAAAUACCUAAUUUUUAACCUUUUUAAGAUGGACCAAAUCACUACUUUACUUUAAAAUGCAUGACCCAAAUUUCUUCACAGUGUAAUGUCAUCCACCUACUUGCUAUUUGAG